AUGGGUCGCGUUAGGACAAAGACCGUUAAGAAAUCCGCCAAGAGCAUCAUUGAGCGAUACUACCCCAAGCUCACUCUCGAUUUCGAGACCAACAAGCGUAUCUGCGAUGAGAUCGCUAUCAUUUCCUCCAAGCGUCUUCGCAACAAGAUUGCUGGCUACACGACCCAUUUGAUGAAGCGUAUCCAGCGUGGUCCAGUCCGCGGUAUCUCCUUCAAGCUGCAAGAAGAGGAGCGUGAGCGCAAGGAUCAAUACGUCCCAGAGAUCUCCGCCCUUGACAUCUCUCAGACCGAGAGUGGUCAGCUCGACGUUGACGCCGAUACCAAGGACCUCCUCAAGAGCCUCGGAUUCGAUGCCCUCAAGGUCAACGUGGUCCCAGUUGCUCAGCAAACCCAGAACACCGACGGACGACGAUACGGCGACCGUCGCUAA